AUGAUAAAUGGAGGACCAACCUCUAGGACGGCUCAGUCAGUCCCAGUUAGCAGGAUGUUCGUGACCUUAGUUCUUCUGGUCGUAGGUUCCAUCGCGACGUGCCGGAGUGCGGAGUAUCUUCUCGUGUCGAGUGUCGCCGAAGAUGAACCGAAGUGGGUGGAAGUAGUCCAACAUGUCGGAUAUCCCAUCAGAGUCCCGGAAAAGAAACUGAAGACGGAACAAAGAGAAGAAGAACCAAGGGAUAUGGGAAAGCCACCCAAGAAUAAUAUUGUGGUCUUACCUCUGAUGCUUAGGAGACCCAAAGAACCGCGUGGAUAUCGUUCGCUUGAUUUUAUUUAA